GAGACGCGUCUCGCGUUUAAUGGGACAGGGGUUUUUUUCGUUAUUCUUUUUACUACAACUACCACAACAAAUAAUUAGAAACUUCAAGGCUGUGGAACAUCAGUUACUUCAACAAGGUAAUCUUUAUAAUUUCAAUUGGGGCUAGGUUCACCUUAUUGAAUACUACUGCCGCAAAUGACGCCCGUAACACUUUAUAUUGGAACGAAAUCCUCUCCUUAACCAACGUACUGAAACUCACCCCUCUCCUACCGAUUCUAUACCGAUUCUAUCAUGCCCAACACAUCCUUACGCCGCCCUCAGAAGGGCUACGCCCGCCGUGGAGGCAAGCAGGCCUACCAUGGCGGAGGUCGUACUCGAACGUUCGCUGCGUCAACUACCCGUACCGAAGCUACAUCAGCUGACGAGAGAGCUGAGCGAACACUCCUCGCACAACAAAUUGACGAAUCUAUGGGGUUUGCCCGAUAUGAAUCAGGUAGAAGAAAGGAGGGGUGGCUCGUUAAUAUCCAACCGACAACCGUAGCGCUCGACGACGACCGUGUCCCUGGUGGUAGAGCGGCGUUGGACUGCUAUUUCAUUGAGGAAGAUGGUCAGACGUUCAAGGCAACCAUUGAAUACGAACCGUACUUCAUCGUUGCGUGUCGAAGAGGGAGAGAAGGCGAGGUGGAGGAAUGGCUGAAACGAGUUCCAGGUGGUGGCGUAGUACACAGUAUCAGACGUAUCGAGAAGGAAGACUUGUCCAUGCCCAAUCACCUACUCGGGUAUAGGAGAACGUUUCUCGAGUUACGCUUCAGGAAUGUACAAGAUUUAAUGACUGCGAGACGGGAAAUAAUGCCCAUAGCGGAAAAGAACAAGAAGUCUAUGGGCACAGUGGAUGUUUAUGCGGAGGUGGCUUCGGAACAAGCCGGAUUCGACCUUUUUGAUGAUUCACGAGAUGACGACGGACGAAAUAACGCUUCAUUUGCGGACGCUAGCGACUACAUUGUCGAUAUUAGAGAGUAUGAUGUACCAUACCAUGUACGAGUAAUGAUAGACAUGAAUAUUCGAGUAGGAAAGUGGUAUUGGGUGGAAGUAAAGCACGGCGUUACCACUAUAACACUUAAUGAGGAACACAUUGUUCAAGCCGAUCCGGUUGUGAUGGCCUUCGAUAUCGAGACGACCAAGGCCCCCCUAAAAUUCCCCGAUGCCGCCAUAGAUCAGAUCAUGAUGAUGUCGUACAUGAUCGACGGGCAAGGUUUCCUUAUCACUAACCGGGAGAUCGUCUCCGAGGACAUUGCAGAUUUCGAGUACACCCCCAAACCCGAAUACCCGGGAACGUUUAUGAUUUUUAAUGAGCCUCAUGAGAAAGCUGUUAUUGAGCGAUUCUUCUCACAUGUCAAAGAAGCAAGGCCAACCGUCAUUGCCACAUACAACGGAGAUUUCUUCGAUUGGCCAUUUGUAGAAGCGAGAGCAAACGUCAACGGCAUCGACAUGUACCGGGAGAUCGGAUGGAAGAAGGAUAACGAGGAUAUUUAUAAGUGCACAUAUGGCGUUCACAUGGACUGCCUAGCAUGGGUUAACCGAGACUCUUAUCUACCACAAGGUAGUCGAGGUUUAAAAGCUGUUACGGUCGCCAAGCUCGGCUACGACCCAGAUGAGCUCGACCCAGAACUGAUGACACCAUACGCAAACGAAAGGCCCCAGACGUUGGCGGAGUACUCAGUUUCCGAUGCUGUCGCCACGUACUACUUAUAUAUGAAGUACAUCCACCCCUUCAUCUUCUCACUGUGUACAAUUUUGCCUCUAGGAGGCGACGACGUGCUACGCAAGGGAACAGGUACCUUGUGUGAGAUGCUGCUGAUGGUGCAAGCAUAUCAGCAUGAGAUUAUUCUUCCUAAUAAGCACAUGUCCCCAAAAGAAUCUUUUUGGGAAGGACAUUUACUCGACGCCGAAACCUACGUUGGCGGUCACGUGGAGAGUAUUGAGGCAGGAGUGUUUCGAGCAGACAUACCGGUGAAUUUUGCGGUCGACCCUGGUGCAGUUGACGAGCUUCUCAGAGAUUUAGACGCUGCUCUCAAGUUCGUAAUCGAAAUCGAAGAAAAGAAAUCCCUGGAUGAUGUCACGAACUAUGACGAGAUUAAAGAGCAGAUUGCUUCGCGCCUAUUACAACUGAAAGAAACACCUAACCGAAACGAAAGGCCUUUGAUUUAUCACUUGGAUGUUGCUUCUAUGUACCCAAAUAUCAUGACAACAAAUCGAUUGCAGCCGGACUCAAUGAUUCAGGAGUCGGACUGCGCUGCCUGUGACUUCAACCGCCCGGGGAAAACUUGCGAUAGGAGAUUACCCUGGGCCUGGAGAGGCGAGUACCUACCCGCGAAGAGAGACGAAUACAAUAUGAUCCGGCAUGCACUUGAGAAUGAGAAAUUCCCAAGCAAACGACCUGGUGGACCUAUGCGGACUUUCCAAGAGUUACCAGAAGAUGAGCAAGCUGGUCUUAUCAGGAAACGGUUGCAGAUGUAUAGUCAAAAGGUAUAUCACAAGAUCCGUGAUUCAACCACUAUCGUCCGAGAGGCAAUCAUUUGUCAACGAGAAAACCCUUUCUAUAUUGACACGGUCAGAGAUUUCAGAGAUCGUCGGUAUGACUACAAAGGACAAGCGAAAGUCUGGAAGGGCAAGACUGAGGCUCUAAAGUCAUCUGGAGCUCCAAGCGCAGAAGUGGACUCGGCAAAAAAAAUGAUUGUCCUUUACGACUCUUUGCAGCUUGCGCACAAAGUCAUUUUGAACUCGUUCUAUGGUUAUGUCAUGCGAAAGGGUUCAAGAUGGUACUCUAUGGAAAUGGCCGGUGUAACAUGUUUAACUGGUGCAACCAUCAUUCAGCUAGCCCGAUCUCUCGUCGAACGUCUCGGACGACCGCUUGAACUUGAUACUGAUGGUAUUUGGUGUAUGUUACCUGCGACAUUUCCAGAAAACUUCGUUUUCAAACUCAAGAACGGCAAAAAGUGUGCUAUUUCCUAUCCUUGCGUUAUGUUGAACCAUCUAGUCCACGACAAGUUUACGAAUCAUCAGUACCAGACGCUCGUUGACCCAAAAACCUUCAAAUACGAAACCCAUAGCGACAAUUCGAUCUUCUUCGAGGUCGACGGUCCCUACAAGGCUAUGGUUUUGCCGACAUCGAAGGAAGAAGACAAGAACUUGAAGAAGCGAUACGCAGUUUUUAACGACGACGGUAGUUUGGCUGAGCUUAAGGGUUUUGAGGUAAAGCGAAGAGGUGAACUCAAGCUUAUCAAGAUUUUCCAGCAGCAAAUCUUCAAGUUCUUCUUAGAGGGGACUACUCUCACCGAAUGUUACGCCGCAGUCGCGAAGGUUGCAAACCAAUGGCUAGAUGUUCUACAUAACAAGGGGUCGACACUAGCUGAUGAGGAACUUAUCGACCUCAUUUGCGAAAACAGAAGCAUGUCUAAGACGCUAGAGGAAUACGGAAGCCAGAAGUCGACGUCUAUCACAACCGCGAAACGUUUGGCAGAGUUCCUAGGUGAGCAGAUGGUGAAGGAUAAAGGUCUUAACUGCAAGUAUAUUAUCUGCGCCAAGCCUCGAAACGCUCCGGUUACUGAGCGAGCUGUUCCGGUCGCCAUCUUCUCUGCCGCCCCAGAGAUCAAGCGAACAUACUUGACGAAGUGGCUCAAGGAAGAACCAUCCGAUACUGAUCCUAGGGCGUUAUUAGACUGGGACUACUAUUUAGAGCGAUUAGGUUCCGUUAUCCAGAAGCUAAUCACGAUUCCCGCCGCAUUGCAGAAAGUUCGUAACCCAGUCCCGCGAGUAGCACACCCCGACUGGCUUCAGCGGCGAAUCAACAUCAAAGACGACAAGAUGAAGCAAAAGAAGUUGACGGAUCUCUUUGCGAGCACCAAAGGACCUCUGGAAGAUAUAACAAAUCUUACUGGUUCGAGGGUAGACGAUCUCGAAGACUUUGGGACUAAAUUACUAAAACCGAAGAGCACAACUGCAGCCAUCAACGCGUCCCAGCCUCCAUCGACUGCAGCAAAGCGAAAAUCACCCGAGCGUGAAAAGGAGAAUCUCGAUCCCUUUGCAGCUCUCCCGAAGGAGAUGCCAGACCCUUCUGAAGACUACCCGGCUUUUCUAGAGUACCAAAAGAAGAAGUGGAAGAUUCAAAAACAAGCUCGAAUCCGUCGACGACAUCUCUUUGGAGAUCGCCGCGGCAAUGUGAGCGGUAACAUUCAGCAGACAUUUCGCCAGAGAGCAGAAGUGACGUUCAGGAAUACGUGGCAAUUACUUCAGCUCCGAACAACUGACAAUCCAGGCGUAGUAGCUGCCUAUGUCCUAAUCGACGCAAAGGUCCACUCCCUCAAGAUCAAAGUCCCACGGCAGGUGUUCCUCAACCUCAAGGGCAAGGAUCUGCCCGACAUCGAAGUUCAGGGUUGUGAAGUCGAACAAGUCUACCACACUCUGCCAAAUGGACACUCGUCAACACACUUGUUCAAAAUCACCGUACCCGAGGAUAUCUACUUCGCCGAGUCCGAGAAAUUCUCGCUGCUAUUCAAUCACCCAAGUGUAGAAGGGGUGUAUGAGAAGCAGGUUCCGCUAAACGUUCGAGCAGUACUACAACUUGGUAAUCUAUGUACUAUUGACGAAAGUCAACCUGGUGUGCUCGGGAAUGGUCUGGAUCAAGGUUUCGACCUUAAGAGUUUAAUAAAGCCCGCAAAACCCAAGACUUAUCUAGAUUCGAAUCCGCUUGCGUACCUCUACAUAUCACACAUCACCGCCGGUGAGAGGCAAAUCUUCAGUGUAUUCUCUUCGACGAGGGAUGAAGCCCAUAUCGUCAUUCUUCAGAAGAAGCGGGAUGCGGGACAAGACCUACCUAAUGUUACGAAGAUUUAUAGCGAAAUGUUUGCAAGGAGGCGACAAGAAGGGGAGGGUACCAACUGGCAAGAAUGCUUUUCCUACCAAGAGAGGCUUACUUUCAAAGUAACGCAAGUAACGACGCGACGAAAGGCACACCUUGAAAUCAGUGAUCUGGUUAAGAAAAUGAAAAAGGAUGAGUUAAAGCCUCUUAUGCUUGUCAUCCAGUCAUCUCAGCAAAAUUUGCUGGUGCACGACAUCCCUACUCUCGCAGAGUUCCCUAUUCUUCCCCUUCGGUACGAUCAGGCAGACAGCUCCCUCCCUCCUCUCGGCUGGCAGUCCGUUGUUGCCAAACGUCUUGUUUCCCACUACCUAAACCUUGGGGCCUGGAUUCUUCAUCUCACAGCCCUAGCGAGAUAUGGCGACAUACCAUUAUGUAAUUUGGAACGCGACGAUCCCAGGUUCCUUAUCGAUGUUGCCUAUGCUCGUCGCCUACAGGUAAAUAAGGUAGUGUUGUGGUGGUCACCAGGCCCUAGACCAGAUCACGCUGGCUAUGAGCAGGAUGAUGUGGCGGGUCCCCUUGAUACAGUCACAAUGCCUUCAAUCAACAACCCCGGUACAUAUGCGUCAGUGUGUAUCGACAUUGAAGUUCGAAACCUAGCUAUCAACACUAUACUUACGUCGGCUCUCAUCAAUGAGCUCGAGGGCGCAGAUUCGAUAUCCUUCAAUCCCGCCGCUGACUCUGCACCGUCUGACGGUACCGAAAUGCUUCAUUCGGAAUCAGCAUUUGCUAACGCCGGAGUACUUGUACUUCGCGAAAUGGUCAAGUCCUGGUGGGCCGAAGCAUGUAAGGGUAGCCCUAUGGCCGAUGUUCUCGUACAGCAUUUAGUACGAUGGGUUGAAUCUCCUGACUCGUUCAUGUAUGACCGGGCGUUGCAGUAUUACGUCCAAAUGAUGAGCCGUAAAGCCAUGCUACAACUUAUGGCCGACUUCCGUCGGGUUGGUUCGCAAGUUAUAUUUGCGAAUUCGAAUCGACUCCUCUUGCAAACUACGAAGUCAGAAGUUGGAAAUGCAUACGCGUACAGCCAAUACAUCCUGAAGAGCAUCAAGAGCAAGCCUCUAUUCCACUUUAUUGACCUUGAGAUCAAGGAGUACUGGGACUACCUGGUAUGGUAUGACGAGUUUAACUAUGGUGGGAAAGCUUGCCAAGAGGUUGUCGAAGCCGAACAGCAGAGCUUGCAGACCAUUAUGAAUUGGCAGAUGAAAACUUUCUUGCCCCUUCGACUUCAGGAUACGUUCCAGCAUUGGGUUGUAGAGUUUAUACAACUCAUGCAUGGACUAAAGCGCCCCUUAAUGGUGAACGGGGAUCCUGAUGCGACACCACGUCUUACGCAACUACCGUUACGCAAUGGUUCACAAGGCGACGACGGUGAUAUCUCCCAGGCCAUAUUAGGAAAGAAUUUCGAAAAGCUACUUAAGAAAGAAAUUAAGUCCCUCGUGUCAACUCAAGCCCGUGAGCUUCUCCAUCCUGAGCUAGCGUCGGAUUGGUCGUUCCCAGUUCUACCAGGAAGUCACAUCAAAAACAUGCAAAAUCGGAAUGCAGUACUUGAGCUUGUGAAAUACCUGAUGCAAGUCUUAUCACUAGAUAAGAACGUUACCAUGGAGGCGCGGUUGCUAAGAAAGGAGCUGCUUGCGCUGUUCGAAGUACGCGAAUUCAGUAAAGAGGGUGCGUUUGCAAAUCCGAGCGAGAGCCUGAAGGUGUCGCAAUGGAGUUGUCACGAAUGCACCCUCGCCCGCGACUGGGACCUGUGCCGCGACGAGCACCUGCUACCAGAUGUAAAUGCCUUUACCGAGAAUGACGAGGCGGAGGUACAGAGGGCAGCGGCGGCCAAGACCUGGCAGUGUCCAUUCUGCGAUGCUGAGCUGGACAAACUGAAAAUCGAGGAAAAGUUACUGGCGGAUGUGCAGAGCAUGGUGGUGGAGUGGAGCACCCAGGACUUGAAGUGUGAGCGGUGCGGCAGUGUGCGGUUGAAUGACCUCAUGGAACAUUGCACAUGUAGCGGUCCGUGGGCGGAGAGCGUCAAGAGGGGUGAAGUGGUCAGGCGGCUAGGUGUAUAUCAGGGCGUGGCGAGGUGGUUUGGCCUCAGGAUGCUGGAAAGCCUCGUAGCAGAAGUGUUAGGAGGGCUCUAAAAAAAAACAGACAGACAGCCAGACAGACAGAUCUGGGUAUAUUUGGCGUUUUUCGGACUUGGAGCGAUGAUAAUUGGUUUGGUUUUAUAUGCCUCCUUCACAUGAUAAAUUCGAUACCUCCGACCUAACCCAUUAACAUUACAAUACCCUAGGUAACUUCGUAGUCGCUCCUCAUUCUGUGAUACUUCGGCCCUUUCCUUCUUAUGUGUACUGUACCUGUUUACUCUGCGGGUCUCCGCGAACAACCACAUCUCUACACCGAUUAGAACGUGCCAGGUGUCUCAAUUGUUUAAAAAUGCACCGCGAGGAGUGGUUUCAAUCCAACCAUUUAUGUACUCCGAAUUCCGGCAUGUUUCGUUACACUACGUAGUAAUGCGGUAUCGUUGCCAUUCGCAGGCGGGGUAUUGUUUACAUUACAGCCUGAUACCCUAAUACCCUAAG